AUGGCCACAUGGGAAUUCGUCUUGGUCUCUCUCGCCCUGGGCUUGGUCAAUGGUGGGUUUGCUGGCCUCUUCUGGACAUUUAUAGGAACCAUCCUCUGCUAUUCGACUGUCGUGGCGAGUCUCGCGGAAAUGGAGUCCAUGGCCCCGACCAGCGGCGGGCAGUAUCACUGGGUGUCGGAAUUCGCUCCCAGUCGCUGCCAGAAAUUCCUCAGCUACUCGGCAGGCUGGAUGUCGACCCUCGGCUGGCUCGCCAGUUGUGCCUCGGGGGUGUUUGUCUGCAGCACUCUGAUCGAGGUCCUGAUCGACGUCUCGGACACGGAUUUUGUGUUUCCAAACUGGCAGUACACCCUCAUCAGUAUCGCCCUGUUGGUUGUCACGAUCUUCUUCAACACCUGGGGUGCGACGACGCUUCCCAUGAUCGAGACCAUCAGCUUGGUGGGCCAUAUCCUUGGUUUCCUGGUCACGGUCAUCCCCCUUUGGGUCAUGUGUCCCAAGAACAGCGCCAAAGAUGUGUUCGCGACCUUUGCCGACAAUGGGGGUUGGGGAAACGUUGGGACCGCAUGUCUUGUUUCGCAAGUCGCGAUCUUAUACUGUAACUUGGGGUCGGACAGCGCAUGCCAUAUCUCAGAGGAGGUCGCCGAUGCCUCGCUGAACGUUCCACGAUCAAUGUGGUGGAGUUACUUGUUAAACCUCUUCAUGGGAAUCAUAACGUUGAUUACGAUGCUGUUCUGCAUCGGACCACUUGACGAGGCGAUCAACGCCGAGACACCUUACCUACAACUCUUCCUCAAUACGGGCUCGAAUGCUGUGGCCUAUGUGCUGUGCAUUCUGCUGCUGGUGCUCAUCUUCAGUGGCGACAUCACUGCGCUGGCGACGACCAGCCGCGAGGUCUUUGCGUUCUCAAGAGACCGCGGAUUUCCAUUCUCACAGUGGCUCAGCAAGAUUGAACGCAAGCGAAACAUUCCGUUCAACGCAGUAUACGCGACCUCUUUCUGGUCCGCGGUGCUGUGCGUCAUCAACAUCGGCUCCACAACUGCGUUCAACAUCAUCAUCUCUCUCACCCUGCUGGCUCUGCUCAGCACAUACAUGGUUUCAAUCGGGUGUGUCUGUCUCAAGCGGAUACGCGGAGAGACGCUGCCGGCGGCACGAUGGAGUCUGGGACGCUAUGGGCUUGCCAUCAACAUGUUCGCUUUCCUGUAUUGCGGCUUUGCCAUUGUCUUCUGCUGUUUCCCGUCGACCUUGCCGGUGGACACGAGCACGGCGAAUUGGGCGCCGGCAGUGUGGGCAGGAGUGAUCUUGCUCAGCGUGAUAUCUUAUUUCCUUCAUGGAAAACGGCACUUUACACCCCCGGUCGUUUUCGUGGAGGGAAAAAGGACGGGGGGGCUUCAGGCCACUGAAUGA